AUGAAGGCCAUCCGCACCCUGACCUCGCCCAAAUCCUCCCCACGCCUCCCCGCGACAGCGACGAUCCCCGCAUCCCGCCGCUCGUUCCACAACACGCCGCAGGAAUCCUCCUCCUCGCAGCUCUCCACGCACCAACACCCCUACCACCAGCGCCCCAAGCACGACACGGGCAAGAUGUCCUACAGCUCCAGCUCCAGCUCCAGCUCCAGCUCGUCGUCAAGAACGGCCGACGGCAUCGUCUUCGACGAGGACGUCAUUGAAGAGCUGAGACCCAUCUUCGCCGAGCGCGCGAGAGCAGGCGAGAGCAGGACGGGCAAGGGGCAGCAGAUGCGAGGCAUGGGCACCGGGCAGGGUGCCGAGUGGGUUUGGUGA